AUGAUUCUCACAACAAAUGCAGAAAUAUCAUUUAUUCAUACUGAAGGAGAAGAAAAAAUUUAUGUCGCUGAUGAAAAAAAUAAUUUAAAAAAAGUAAAUCUCCCAAAUUUUAUAACAACUAUUGAAUCUGGUGCUUUCAGGUAUAAUAAUAACAUUAAAUCGAUUACUCUUUCAGAGUCUCUUACCACAAUUGAAUCUUUUGCAUUUCAAUAUUGUAAUGAAAUUACCAAAGUUGAAAUUCCUAACAAAGUUAAAUACAUCGGAUAUCAAUCUUUUGCUAGAAUGGAAAAUUUACAAGAAGUUAUUAUUGGUAAUGGUCUAACAACUAUUGGUAUUUAUGCAUUUGAAUUUUGUGAAAAGCUCUCUAAAGUCACUCUAGGUGAAUCAGUUGAAAUAAUUGAAGUUGGAGCUUUUCGUGGGAUUGCGAUUGAAACCAUUGUUAUUCCAUCUUCUGUUAAGAUUAUUGGAAAUGAUGCAGUCUCGGCUUGUAAAAAAUUGAAAACAGUCAUUUUAGGAGAAAAUGUUGAAGAAAUCGAUGAAUUUGCUUUUUCGAAAUGUAUAUCUCUGAAUUCAAUAACAAUUCCGAAUAAAGUACAACAUAUAAGUGUAACUGCAUUUCCAUCAAAUACUAGAAUCAUCUUUGAAAAUCCAUUAAGUUCUUUAGCAGUUCUUUAUACAUAUAGGUCAGGAGAUUCUAUCAAGGAAAUUCUUCCAAAUAAAAUUGUAUUAAAUGAUGGCAGUAUUAUUAAUCAUGAUGGAAGUAUCGAUCGCAUUGGAGAAUAUGAUUUUGAAGAAAAAAACAAUCUAAUAAAAGUUCAUUUUCCAUCUUCUCUUAAAUAUAUUUCUGUAAGAGGAUUUCUUAAAUGUUAUAACUUAAAAGAAGUAAUAUUUGAAAGUUCUGAUGUCAUAUAUGAUCCUGGAGACAGCUUUUUAUAUUGCCCAGUAACAAUUAAAUAUAAUAAUGUUGGAAAUAUAAUCUUACCAUAUCAAUAUGCAAAUUCGAAUGAAACUGGUGAAAUCACAACAUCUUUCAAACUUUCGCCAUAUUCAUUUUAUAGAUCGAAGUUCACAUCUAUUACAAUUGAGCAAAGACUCAAAUCAAUUCCGAAAAAUUGUUUUGGCUUUUGCCUCAAUUUAACAAGAAUUAAUCUUCCUGACUCAAUUGAAACAAUCGGCGAAAUGGCAUUUUGUUAUUGCAUCAAUCUAAAAUCAAUUUUAAUUCCUAAUUCUGUUAAAAGUAUUGGAGAAAAUGCAUUUGGUGGAUGUUUUUCAAUCAAAUCACUUAAAAUUCCUCCAUCUGUCGAAAAUACAGAUCGGAUUAUUAAUUCUCGGUUUGACGAUUACUGUGGUGAAUAUGAUAUUGAUUGUAAGUACAAAUUAGAAGAAAUUGCAGGUUUUAUUCCAAUUGCUUAUAAUUAUAGUAAAACAUUUCCAAACAUAAAAUCAAUUAAAUUCUGGGAUAAUUCAAUCAUUAGUUAUUAUGCAUUAACAGAAUUCAAUUUCAGCAAAAUCAUUUUUGGCAAAAAAUGUACAAUAUCAAAUGAUUAUUUUUCUAUUGAAGAACUUAAAUAUCAUCCAUCAAUUGAAAUUGUUGAUAAAUCUGACUUAAAAAAUGACUUCAAUGUUGAAGGCGAAAUGUUUAUUUUUAUUAUGAAACGUGGUUUAUCAGUUAAUGUUUCUUACGCGUACCAACUUGAUACAUACUGCACAAUUCCUGUAAAAAAAGAAAAUUAUUCUUCCAAUCUAGAAAGAAGUAUCUCGAAAAUAAACAAAACUAUGACAAUUUUCGAUGGAAAGAUAAUUCGUCUAAUGAGAAGACGACAUUAA